AUGGGGCAGGCUGCAGUGCUCCCCCCCCGGAGGAAGGACACCUAUAUCUUGGAACUACACAUGUGGUACAGAAAAUUCAUCAAGGAAUGUCCCAGCGGGCUGAUCACCCUCCAUGAGUUCCGGAGACACUUUUGUGAUGGGACGGUGGGUCCUGGAUCCUCAGAGUACGCUGAACAAAUCUUCAGAACCUUGGAUGAUAAUAGGGAUGGGUUGGUGGACUACCGCGAGUAUGUGACGGCUGUCAGUCUGCUGAUCCAGGGCACGGCCCGGGAGAAGCUGAAGUGGUCCUUUAAGCUCUACGACAAAAACAAGGAUGGAGCCAUCAGCCGGUCGGAGAUGCUGGAGAUCAUGCAGACAAUUUACAAGAUGAGCCUUGCAGUCUCACUCACCAAAGUCGAACCACAAACCCCUGAAGAGUGCACUGACCGUAUGUUCAGACGCCUGGACAAGGACAGAGAUGCUGUCAUCAGCCAGCAGGAAUUUAUUGAGGGAGCGCUGGGCGAUGCGUGGGUCCGGGCAAUGCUGGAAUGUGAUCCAAACACCAUCGAGGUUCCUCGAAGCGCAUAA